AUGGCCCCCGCGGCCAAGAAGACACAGCAGCCCGCCGUGUGCCACGGGCACUCGCGUCCGAUCGUGGAGGUGAACUAUAGCCGUGUGACCCCGGAUGGAUACUUCCUAGUGAGUGCGAGCAAGGAUGGUCAGCCCAUGCUGCGUGAUGGCCCCACUGGCGACUGGAUUGGCACGUUCAUCGGCCACAAGGGCGCCGUUUGGUCGUGCGCGCUCGACCCGACCGCGACGCUCGCGGCCACCGCGUCGGCCGACUUCUCCGCCAAGGUUUGGGACGCCCUGACCGGCACGGAGAAGCUGUCCUUCCAGCACGGCCACAUCGUGCGCUGCUGCAGCUUCGCCGACAGCAGCACGCGCCUCGCGACCGGAGGCAUGGAGAAGCUGGUGCGCAUCUACGACCUGGAGCGCCCUGACGCGGCCCCGCAGCAGCUAUCCGGCGCCGCGAAGGGCAUCCGCAACGUGGUGUGGGUGCACGGCGACUCGCUGGUGCUCACGACACAGCAGGACACGCCGGGGCUGGACGUCUGGGACGUGAGGAGCGGCAGCAUUGUGCAGACGCUGGCGACGGAGGCCCCAGUCACAUCCGUUGAGCUGACCUUUGACGGGCGCUUCCUCACGACCACCGACGGCGCAACCAUCCGCUUCUGGGACGUGGGCGCCCUGCGCGAGGCCAAGCAGCACAAGGCGGCCUACCCUGUGGAGGCGGCCAGCUACUGCCCGGCCAAGGGGCGCUUCGCGUGCGGCGGCGGCGACAUGUGGGUGCAUCUCCACUCAUACGACGACGGGUCCGAGCUGGAGGUCUGCAAGGGGCACCAUGGGCCAGUGCACACCAUCCGGUUUGGGCCGGAGGGCAAGGAGUACGCCUCGACGGACUUUGCCGCCACGUGA